AUGGAAGGGAACUAUCAACUAGAUAACCUUCGAAUUGUUAAGCUGAUAAUUGAUAUUGGGUCUCAUAUAUCUAACAUGUUAAGCAAAUCUCUUGUUGAAUUGACUUUAUGUGGUGAUACAUCAAAUGAUAUUCCAGAAUUUCCCCUGUUCGAGAAUUUGAGAAAAUUAAAUCUUCAGGGUAAUCCAAUCAAUCUCUUGAUGCAUUUCCCCAAUCUAGAAGGUUUGAAAUCACUUUCUUUGACUUUUGAAGGUGACCCAACAACUUUUAAUUUCACUCCUCCUUGUUUCCCCAUGGAUACUGUUGAAGAGUUUCAAUUAAGAUUUAACUCUACAUAUAUUUGCAAGGAAAGGCCUACACUUUUACUUGAAAUCAAUACAUUCCUUGAAAGCUUGGAGUUCCCAAAUUUACGUGGCUUGUCAAUAUCAAGUACGGAUUUACGACGAGGUAAUUCCUUUAAAAGUAUUCUUCCCGCGUUUAAUGAAUUUAUUUUCAAGGUUCCUUACUUAAGUGCUCUUCAUUUAAGUAUUGGCUGCGAAAUAAAUUUUUCUCACUUGAAAAGUAUUUUGCGACAUAAAAAUUCUCUUACCAGAUUAGUAUGGAUAGGUAAUCUUGAUGGGAACAUGUUUGAUAAAUAUAGAAACAUUAAAAAGAUUCGGUUUGAUAUGGUAAAUGGAAUUUUACUUAAUUCCAUUACCGAUAAGUAUAGUCUUGGUGAAUCAGAAUUGCUCUACGUUGAUUGUAUGUGUGAUCUUGGGAAGGAAAGAGGAGAUAACUAUUUCGAUUUGGAAUCAUUUAAAAUAUGCUAUGGAGAAUCACAAGUGAAUUCUAAAUUGGUAGAAUAUAUUACUAAAGAAAUUCAAACAUUCAUUGAUGAAUUUAAGAAUUUGCGAUAUAUGGUGAUAAACGGAAUUCAUUUCAAUGUGCUUCCCACAUUUGAUAACCACUGCGAAAUCACAUCAGUGUAUGAUUAA